CAGAAAACGCGUCUAAAUAUCAUAAGGACGUAAACGCUGUAUUCUCGUCUGCCAUGUGUUUAACUUUCUUGUUCAAGCAAUAAUAACCACGUUAUGGAGGAAUUUCAGGUGAGUUUUUUUACUGAGCUUUACAUCUGCAUAAUAUAUUCGCAAAAAUUUAUUUAAGUUGAUUAAUUUUUUUUAUUUAAAGAUAGAUAUAUCUUGAAUGAGAAAAAAAAAAUACUUGAGAAACUUGUUGGACCUAUACUAUCAUGUUGAUUUUCUAUCGGUACAUGCAAAUGCGACCUUUUUGAUCGCAUGCAUGCGUGCAGGAGCUAGAUAAACUAAUAAACGAACAUUUUGGAGUAAGUGGCAGAAAGCGUAAAUCAAAUUUUGUAGAGGAUACGUCCUUUGAUGACGAUUCCGAAGUUGAUGAACCUUUAUCAAUUAAAAAUCGAGCAGAACAUUUUUUCAAUUCUUAUGAAAAUGAUGAACGAUUAAGUGAUACUGAGGAAGAUGUCAUUUUUGAUGUGAUCCAAAGAGGAUGCAAAUGUGUGAAGAUGUGUCUCAACAAUUUCUCUACACAGGAAAUUGUUGAUCACAUAUACUCAAUACGAGAAUUAGAAAAAUCUGAAAAAGAAGUCAUGAUAAUGACAACAUUAAAUGAUUUCGAAUUUCGCCCAAAACCUAAAAGUUCUCGAAAAAGAGUGAGAUAUAUGUACACUUUUCGUAGUCAACAAAUCUGUAGAGCUGCUUUUGAGAUUGUAUACGAUGUGAAAGAACACACUUUAGAAAGUCUUCAAAAGCAUGUCCAAACACACGGAGUAACCCCACGAGUUCAUGGAAACAAGGGUAGAAAAGCCUCAAACGCAUUCAAGUUCGAUGAGGUUUUUAAUGUUGUUCAAUACUUGCAGAACUAUGCCACUCAAAAUGGUAUUCCACAACCGGCUGGGCCCGGGGGCGGUGGUCCAGAACCCCAAGUUUACUUACCAUGUUCUAACACCAAAGAUGAAAUUUACAGGCGUUAUACAGAAGAUUGUGGAAUGACCGGGAUACGUCCUCUGGCUUUAUCCUCUUUUAAGGACGUGUGGUUGAAAUGCACACCUCACAUCAAAAUAAGUAAUCCACGGACCGAUGUGUGUCAUUUGUGUGAAAAGCAUAGAAAUGCUUUUAGAGAAGCUGUUGGUGAUGCAGAAAAACUAGAGGUUACGAUUAAUUUCCAAAAUCAUCUUCAAAUGGCAACAAGAGAAAAACAAGCCUACCAACAAGCCGUGACAGAUUCUGUAACAGAGCUUCAAGGCAUCACAAGAGGAUAUGGACCUGUAGAUCCAUGCUCUAAGCCUUAUACUAAAGUUCACUUUACUUUUGAUUUUUCUCAGCAAAUGUUUUUGCCUCAUCACUCCAGACAAAUGGGCCCACUUUAUUUCCUGGUUCCUCGGAAAGUUCAACUUUUUGGAGUGAGAGUAGAUGGAAUUCCAAGGCAGUAUAACUACCUGGUCGAUGAAAACGAAACUAUAGGGAAAAAUGGAUCGAAGACACAUGGACCAAAUGCUGUAAUAUCAAUGCUACAUCACUGCUUACACAACUUUGGAUUAGGUGAAAACGAGUGCAUUGUUCAUGCAGACAAUUGUGCAGGUCAAAAUAAAAAUCGAUAUUUAAUGGCAUACUUCUGCUGGAGAAUUCUGCUUGGUCUGCAUAAACAAAUAACAUACAUGAUGCAGAUUCCAGGACAUGCAAGGUAUUUAUACCCUGGAUGA